GAUUUGGUCAUGGGUCAGACGGCACAAGGCGAUCCACUGCGCGACUCUAUGCGGCUCCUCGUUGAUGUACUCAAAUUCGAUUUUCCUACAGUUGAGCAACGACUAAGACUUAUCUUGAUCUUUCUGCUCACUAAAAGUGAUUUUGUUUUCAUCUACAAAUUCCGUCCCAAUCUACCUUUCGGUCUUCAUUUUAUCGUCUCAUCGCCAGACGGUAUGUCAGAGGCCCACUUUGACCGAUUAUUGGAGUGCGCCAGAGUCUCUCCUACCAACAAGCCCCUGGUCAUCAGCUUGUCUGGUCUGCUUGGUGCGCGUCUUAUCGAGCCCGAUGUGAGUUUGCCAGCCCAGCAUCCCAUCUUAUUUGCCUUAUGGUACAUUCUAUUUCGUAAUCGCCAGUACCCCAUCUAUCCGCCAAACCAUCCUGAGGAUCCGCCCAGUGGACUUUCCAUCCUUUCCCAAUUGCCAACCUUCAGUAACGCUCGUAAAGACAUACAGGACUACCUUCCUUUCAAGGGAAAGCGACCCGACAGAGUGGACGACAACUGUUAUGCUCUUUCCAGAUGGUCUCCUUACCUAUACGAUCUGAUUGAGGUCUGUACAUCCUUUUUAUACUAA